UUGUUUCUAUAUUCAACUAGAGUCAACUUAAAAUAUUGCCUAAAUUUAGUGUAAGGAGCAGUUUGGUUGGUAGUACUAUUUUAACGAACUGUUUUUCACUCGCUUUAUUCGAUGUUCAAGUUUGUACCAUUUAAAUAUCAGCUGUGUGCCCUGGGCAGUUCUUACGAUGUCAUAGCAGACGCCUGCAGGGAUAAAACAAAGUUCUUUAGCUUUGUGGACUCUAGGCCAUGGCGAAGUUUCAGGCGCAACGUGGCGAAUUUCCUCGAGUGCGACAUAAGCACCUACCACAUAUACUAUUGGUUCGUCCUAAUAUUUAGUUUUUAUGGACUGAUGCAGAGUCUCUUUAGAUUCUCAAGGCUGCUCUUCACCAAGGAGGUGAUUAGGAAUGCCUUGUGGCACAACAAUCGAUUCCACGUGUUUCCUCCAAAAAUGGUCAGAAGAUUCGGCGUCUUAACCGCCUUUAUACUAACCAACAUCUGGGCGACUUUGUUUUAUGCUGUUCUGUUUGUUUCACCACGUCACAUGAUGCCAUGGCUGUGGGUCCAAUCGGUGAUAUUCGCUUGGCGUCUGGUGGCGUCGUUUAUGAAAUCCCUUUUGGGCAGCAUGAAAGGUAACCGAAUUCGGACCACAAUCUAUCUGACCGUCUAUGUGCUGUCCCUAUGGCUUGUUUAUCAGUGCAGCAGGGCGUUUACUAUAGCCCUUAAACAGGAUUCUCUGGAGAAGCUGAUGCUCUGCUCGCGAUUGAUAGACCCUCUACUGAAAUAUUUAAUAUUUUAAUCCAAUGGGAUAACCUGAGUAGUGUUCCCGUUUAAUUAUACUAUGCAGUCCCUCCGAUAGCUUAGGUAUUUAGUAAUAUUUAUUUAACUUACGUUUAUAAGGGCUCGAGCAAUAAAGAACGCCACCUCGGCCUUGCACAUGGCAUCAAAUUGCUGAAAGUAAA